AUAAUAAUGGAAUAGUAAACUUUAUUUUUCAAUAUUUGUACUUUUUAUAAUGUAUAUCGUGAGAAUCAAAUAAUCUUUCGAAUUAUUUUUCUCUACGUGGAAAUAAUUCUCAUAAACCAGAGAAAUAUGCACUGUGUCAGGUUACUAUAGAAAAUAAAAAAAAAUGAAGAAGUUGAGUACCCCCAUCAUAUUCAGAACAGGCUCCACGUGUUUCAUUGAAAACAAUCAGUUCAGUUACUGACUAGCAGUUACGUUUAUACGAUAUACUCAAGCAAGCUUUGGCUGUACAUAAGGGUUAUCUGGGAAUCAAAACAUAAUCUACAAAAUAAGACUAAUACAUAUAAAAAUUUUCAUUCAGAAUGUCGAGUUUGAAUGAAAUAAAAGAAUUGUGGAAAAUUGCAAAUGCAGUUACCUUCGAUGUUGAUUCUACAGUUAUUCAAGAAGAAGGAAUUGACGAAUUGGCAAAAUUUUGUGGAAAAGGAAAUGAAGUUUCCAAUUUAACGAAACAAGCAAUGCAAGGAUGCAUGACAUUUGAUCAGUCCUUAAAUGUGAGGUUAAACAUCAUAAAACCUACUAAGACUCAAAUAAUGAAAUUCUUGGAUGAACAUCCGCCAAAGCUUACACCAGGAAUCAGAGACUUGAUAACUGCAUUACAUGCACGGAAGAAGGAAGUGUUUUUAGUCUCUGGAGGUUUUCGUUGUUUAAUUCGACCAGUAGCUGAAAAAUUAAACAUCCCUAUCGAAAACAUUUUUGCUAAUAGUCUAAAAUUUUAUUUCACAGAAGAAUAUGCAGGAUUUAAUGAAAAUGAACUUACUUCAAAAAGUGGCGGAAAAGCAGAAGUUAUAAAACGCCUUAAAGAGGAAAAAGGAUUCAAAACUGUAGUUCACGUAGGUGAUGGAGCAACCGACUUGGAAGCUUGCCCACCAGCUGAUGCAUUUAUUGGAUUCGGUGGAAAUAUUGUCAGGGAUGUUGUAAAAUCACGUGCUUUGUGGUUUGUGAAUGACUUCAAUGAACUCAUUGAAGCCCUAGACGAAAUAACAAAUGUGUAAAUUUUAUUAAAAUUUUAUUUUUACUGAAAGUUUGCAAAUAAAAUGUAGAAAAUUCUCAAAA